AUGUUUAACUUGAGCGUCACGUCUCCGGUGUUGCGCCUCACACGCUGCGCUCUGAUUGGCUGCGCGCUCCCGCGGCUCAUUGGCGGCAUGAGCAGAGCAGGAGGAGGAUGCGGAGAGGUCAGUCCAGAUGCCUUCAGUGUCCGCUGUCCCGGUGCUGAGGCUGCUCCGAUCACGACAGACACCUACGAGCGACCCCGCGUGCGCACCGCGUCACGUGACCGCGGGGAUGGAGCCUGCUGCAGUGAGCCAGAGCCGCGCGUAAAGCCUGCGUACAGACGCUCCGCUCCUGGAGACAUGCAGACCGGGGCUGAGGCGCCUCUUCCUCGCGGGGCUCGCUCCCUCCGUGGGACCGUGGCGCUGCGGGUUGCGGAGAAGCCCUGA